UAAACCUCGUUGUUAUGGCCUCGCUCCCGUCGCUGUGGAAGAAAUACACACGCGUCUCCUAAGAUAAUUCAAUCUUCACGCUCGUAAUUGAAUGUUCACUUUUACUGAAAUACCAAAUAAUGACAUGUCUCCGUGACAACUGGACAACAAUGUAGGAGCUCGUGAGGGAAUUUUCUUUUUCAAUUUGCAAUAAUGCGUCACGUCUUGUGGAUUGAUGCAAUGAACGUCAUGACUGGGACACAUAUUACAUCCUUUCUUCUUCGAGUCUACACGAUGCAAAUGUCUACCCGACUUCCAGCUUUUUCGUCCAAUCAGACGGUCUAUUUUCAAGCUGAAGACGCUUGAAACCUUUGGGCGUAGACCGGUUGGAAUUAUGUGGCGUUUGUGUGUGUGUCCGCAGAGGAUUAGGUCUCAUGUCAUGGACCAACAUGUCAGACAAAGGAGCAACAGUAAGAUGAGCAGCUCGUCCAUAAAGUUCUCCUUCAUCAUCAGCUCUUUCUGAUCGAUAAACGAACAAAAGUACUGUACAUGUAUAUCCACAUACAUAAAGCCUUUUUUUUUUUACAUACGGAGUUAUUUAUCUUGAAUGUGCCGAUGAUCCUUGUCUGCCACCGGAAAAGGUUCAGGGUGUUUCCUCUCGGAGCUCAUCCUUUCAUUAAAACAUUUGUUUAAGUCUCAACUUAUUGUCUUUACAGUAAGUCUGUUUACAAUGGAGGUCCCUCCCUUUUUUUUUGCCCCGUAUAAAAUCACGACUGCAGCCUUCGGGGCCACUGGUCAACAGCAGUCCUCCUGAGCUUCUCUCGUCCAUCUCUCACGCGGGAGGAGGAUGAAGCUGAAUCUCUUCUCUGCUGUCUUGGCCACGCUGCUGGGGCUCUCCGCGCAAAAGGACUCACUGGUGCAACCGCAAGAGGAAGGAGUGAAACCGACUCAAGCUCAUCGUCCAGACAUAAUGUCAAGAAUUCUGGAGGCUAAUAAAGGCGUCGACCACACUCUGGUGCAGGGCGACGUCGCUCUUUCGAAGCGAAGGAAUGCCAUGAAAUGCUGGAGCGAACACUGCAAGUGGGGAAAAUCCUACAACGGACUGGUGGAAGUGCCCUACACCGUCAGCGAAUAUUAUUAUGACAGUGAAAAGGCCUCAAUCAAAACGGCCAUGGAGAUGUUCCACCGGAGAACCUGCGUUCGCUUCGUUCCCCGCCGCGGCCAGUCCGACUACCUGAGCAUCGAGAGUGACCUCGGGUGCUGGUCGACUAUUGGCCGAGAUGGAGGUCAACAGGUGGUGUCCCUGUCUGUGUACGGUUGUCUCGAUCGCGGCACCGUUCAGCACGAGCUCCUCCACGCGCUGGGCUUCCACCACGAGCACACGAGGAGCGACAGGGACCAGUAUGUCAGGAUCAACUGGGAAAAUAUCCCAGCAGUAAAUGCCUUCGACUUCCACAAAAUGGACACCAACAAUUUGAACACGCCGUAUGACUAUUCGUCUGUUAUGCACUAUGGAAGGACCACUUUUGCCUCAACGUUGGGAGCAGACACCAUCACUCCCAUCCCAGAUUCCUUUGUGCCAAUUGGACAGAGGGAGGACAUGUCUGACAUAGACAUCCUCAGGAUCAACAAGUUGUACGAAUGCAGUAAGUAUAGAAAUCAUCAGACACAGAAUAAUCCACUUCCAGAAAUGUAUUGAACAAAAUAUUUUUGAUCUAUUUAUGCCUCUAUCGUGCAUGUCACUCAAAUAUGUCGAUUUUAUUUUCAUAUUGGAAAAUAGAUUAAUUUUAACGUGACGAUUUUUCUAAUUUUUUUUUCAGACAUUUGAAAGAAAAAGAAGACGACUCACACUGUGUGCUGUUCCUCAAAAACUUCAAAAGCGGCGCUGUGUCCGAUCGGA